AUGACAAUAAGGAUCAUCUACUGCAUCCCUUCUGUGGUUUUGUACGCCCUAGUGCUGAUAGCGUUGUAUAAAGAAGUUAAAGGAUCGAAAGGACACUUCAACCACUUACUCAUGACUCAAGCAGUUUUGAAUAUCGCUGUAUUUUUGAAUUCGUUCUAUGCAGUCCAACUUGCCAAUGUGACAGAAGUAAAAGAUUGGUGGAGCGUUUUAUACACAAGGGCGCCUGUCAUCGUAACUUCAAUCUGUGAGUGCCUGGUGUUCCAUUUUGCAUAUGUGCAAACCUACAUGACUUUUUUUAUAUCGCUCUUCCGAACGACAAUUAUUGCGCUUCCUACAAAACACAAAACGAUAUGGAGCUACGCGUUCCCUACCUCUGUAGUCAUCACUCUUGUCACUCCAUUUUUUUCAACAUAUCAAUUUCUAAUCUUUAGAAAUUGGUUUGAAAACGACUACGAUUUCAAGUACUUUAUCUUAAGAACAGAAGCGGGCCUGUACGUUGUCAUGACACAGCUUUUAGUCUUCAUGUGUUUAUUAUUGGUCCUAAUGUGCAGUGUUAAUGCCAUCUCAGUAGUGUUUCUUUUCCUUCGUCCUCUUAACAAUCAAAAUAGAGCUGAGCGAAAUAUGUUCAUCUUAGCACUUCUGGAUUUCUUCAUCGAGGCCGGUUUCGUCGCAUUAUACGUUAUUAUUUACACUAAUUCUGCCGGCAGUCCAGCAGCACAGUCUCUAAUUCCUUAUGCUUCCGAUAUUCUCACCUUUUCUAAUGCAUAUCUUCUUCUUCUUCUAAACAAACGGAUUCGCAAACGUGUCCUGGAACUUCUACGAUGCUCACGAUCUACUACGAAACAAGUGCUGAGUAAUGGCAAUUCACCUUUUGUGGUUAGCAUUACUCCACGGAAAACAUUGUAA